AUGAUUUUACUGGAACCGGAGGGACGCCAAGUGAAGCUGUUCAUCGAGCCGGCGCUCCACAUACAGAGUGCGACAGACAACACGACGGACGAAGUACGCCUGACGUGCCGCAGCGGCGGAAAAGUGGCGCCGGAGGAAGGGAUUGAGUGGACGUAUCAGGGACAGAGACAGGCUUCCGAGGGCAGCACCGUGGUGACGAGUCUGCAGCGCCAAGGAUUGUGGAGCUGCACGUACGAAGGGAAGACCACGGGGUUCUGCCUCGUCGAAUCCAGGAUCUCCGAGAUCAAGGAAGCGGAGUGCGAGAGCAAGGAGCUGACCCCGCUGACGCCCCAGGCCACCCAAGCGAGCGACCACCUAUCGCCGCCCAUCAUCGAGAUCGCCCUCGCCGCCGCGGGGUGCAUUCUGGUGGUCGUCGCGGUGCUGGCCGGCGUUUAUUUCUACAGAGAGAGCAAGAAGGCACUCAUCUCACCUUACGUGUCAGAACCUGCCGAUAGCCUGAGACAGUCUCGAAUGACCUGCCAUCCCGACUACAGCUACAACAACGCCACAGGGGACUGUGGCCACUCCGUGGAGAUGCCCUACGUCCCGAUGACCAAACAACGGACAAGUCAGAUAGACGGGGAAACGGAGGAGCAUUACGACUACGAGAACGUGAGCGACACCUUGAGCGUGGCUUAG